GCGUUUCCGCUUCCUGUUUCCGGUGGGCGGGCACACGUGGUGUAUUUUCCGGCUUCUCCGUCAGGCGUUUGCUGCUUAUCCGGGAAAAAGCCGUGUGUUCAGACGUCUCCUGUCCGGGUUGUAGACGAGGAGCGGCUCCAUGUCUGACAACGAGGACAACUUUGAUGGAGAUGAUUUCGAUGAUGUUGAAGAGGACGAGGGCCUAGAUGACUUGGACAAUGCAGAAGAGGAGGAUCAGGAGAAUGUCGCCAUCUUACCUGCUGGCGAGGGGCAGCCAUCAAACCAGAAGCGCAUUACAACAAAUUACAUGACUAAGUAUGAGCGGGCCCGGGUCCUCGGGACUAGAGCUCUGCAGAUAGCAAUGUGUGCACCAGUUAUGGUGGAGCUGGAAGGAGAAACUGAUCCUCUGCUUAUUGCUAUGAAGGAGCUCAAAGCCAGGAAGAUCCCUAUAAUCAUCAGACGCUAUCUCCCCGAUGGCAGCUAUGAAGACUGGGGAGUGGACGAGCUCAUAAUCACUGACUGACGCUGCCGGACUUUAUCACGACCACACGAAGCUUCCUCUUUUAUCCUUCUCCCUUACCUUCUAUUGUACAUAAUUUUAUAAAAAAAAAAAAAAUGUAAAUUAGUUGUAUUUAAUAAAAAAAAAAUCCAAAA